CUAUAACUCAAUUAGCUGAAGCUAUUGGAAAAGAAGAAGGAGCAGAAAAAUCUCUUAUCAAGAUUAAACUAUUUAGAGGAAAUAGUACUGAGGAUUCUGGAUUAGAAGAUGAAGAAAUUCAAGUAUAUGAUACCA